CUGCGACCCCAGUUUAACGUUGUGGAUCCCAGGCUGUGCUGGGAAACCGAGUGGGAGUGGCGCCGGGCAGCUGGAGGUGGUGAGAACCGGGGGUGCGGCGAGCCAGAAUAUUUUUAAAAUGACCACACCAAACAAGACACCUCCUGGUGCUGACCCAAAGCAGUUAGAAAGGACUGGAACAGUACGGGAAAUUGGAUCACAAGCUGUUUGGUCCCUCUCAUCUUGCAAACCAGGAUUUGGAGUGGACCAAUUACGUGAUGACAAUCUAGAAACUUACUGGCAAUCAGAUGGCUCCCAGCCCCAUUUAGUGAACAUCCAAUUCAGGAGAAAAACAACAGUGAAGACAUUAUGUAUUUAUGCAGACUACAAAUCUGAUGAAAGCUAUACUCCAAGCAAGAUCUCAGUCAGAGUAGGGAAUAACUUCCACAACCUUCAGGAAAUUAGGCAACUUGAAUUGGUGGAACCAAGUGGUUGGAUUCACGUUCCCUUAACUGAUAAUCAUAAGAAGCCAACUCGUACUUUCAUGAUACAGAUUGCUGUUCUAGCCAAUCACCAGAAUGGAAGAGACACCCACAUGAGACAGAUUAAAAUAUACACACCAGUGGAAGAGAGCUCCAUUGGUAAAUUUCCUAGAUGUACAACUAUUGAUUUCAUGAUGUAUCGUUCAAUAAGGUGACUUUAACACAGAACAGAAAUCAUUAAACAUAUCUUUGUUUUAUCUUGUCAUUAAAUAUUACAUUUGAUAUUUUUACUUUAAAAAAGUUUCAUUUGUUUUGCAAGUUUGUAUACAUUUAAAAGUAUUU